GUCCCAAUUCAACUGUCAGAAGAAAAACAGAGUCGAGGGGAGGGUUAUCAGCCGCCUGACAGAACCCAAUUGUCUAUUUGCUAUGAGAAGGAUUUUCAUAGCAAGUAAACAGAAACUCCUACGUUUUAUAUUGUGAUAAACAAUGGCUAUAUUCGAGUGGCGCAAGUUCAAUUUUUUCGAUCUCAGCCAAGGGGCAGACAAUGGAAGACUUCAGGAAGCUAUAAAGGAUGCCGAAAUUACGUGCGCAACUAAUGGUAAAAAUCAAAUUAUCAUUUGUGAUUCAUAUGGGUGGAUCCAUGUAGUGUACAGGAACUGGGAUUUCACAUCGUUCAAGGGACAUGAUUCACCCAUCGCGCUCUGCACCUUAUCCAUUCAAAACAAUCUACUCGUGACGAUUUCGAGCGACGACAAUGGCGACGUGCCUGUCUACAAGGUCUGGAACCUCAUGAAAAUUACAAAGACAAACGGUGCUCCUUGUUUAAGGACUGUAAAGGCCGCGUUGCAAAAACCCACUUCAAUUGCCGUCACGGAAAAUGGACAAUUUUUAGCGAUUGGAUUCGACCGAGGAGGGAUAUCGUUGUAUAGAGGAGAUAUAGGACGCGAUCGAUCGAAAACACUAAAAACCUUAUCGAGUGGCACAAGCGCUAUUACUGGAAUUGCAUUCAAACAACUCUCCAAAGUGGUGAAUAUGUUCGUUUGCUCUGACUCUGGAGUGUUGGUCUACUGUCUCCAGAGCAAAGAUAGAGAGACCAAAAUUGUUUUAGACAAAACCUAUGCUCCUGCUCGUUGCUGUGCUUUGCAGAGUAUUCAGGGUGGAAAUGAGUCGAACUUCAUGGUCGGAAGGGAUGAUGCUAUAUACUGCUACACAGUGGAUGGAAGAGGGCCUUGUUACGCUCUGGAUGGACAAAAAUGCAUCAUUCAAUGGUUUCGAACACAUUUGCUAACAAUAACGAAAUCGACGAAAAACAUUUUGCCUUCACAAAAAGAAUUCACCCUCACCGUUAUCGACAUUCAAAAUAAAUUCAUUGUUUAUACGACUACCAUUGAUGCGGUUGCUGCGAUUCUGAUUGAGUUCGGAACUUGCUACAUAGUCACGAAAACCAAAGAAGUCUACCAUUUAGAUGAAAAGGAUUUGCAAAGUAAAUUGAAUCUUUUAUUCAAGAAAAAUUUAUACGACAUUGCGAUCCGCAUUGCAAAAAAUCAACAGUACGAUGCGGAAGGUUUGGCAGGAAUUUUCAAACAAUAUGGGGAUCAUUUAUAUGGAAAGGGCAACUAUCAAGGUGCUGUUGAACAAUAUAUUAAAACGAUUGGGUAUCUGGAACCGUCGUAUAUAAUUCGGAGGUUUUUAGAUUCAAGACAUAUUAGUUACCUAACUGAUUAUCUAGAAGCUUUGCAUAAGCAGGGUCAAGCGACUGCUGAUCACACCACUUUAUUGUUGAAUUGUUUCACUCGGCUGGAUUUUACAGAUAAGGUAAUUGGUACUUAUCACCGUCUGUUCAACUAUUAUAAACUAAAAAUUGGUUUUCAGCUUAAGGAUUUCCUAUCGAACGAUGGGAACCCCGAUAUAAUCUUCGAUUUAGACGUUGCAAUUAAAGUUUGUCGUAAUGCUUCAAUUGAUCUGGCACUCUCCCUAGCAAAACGCAAUCAGAAGCAUGACCAUAGUAUCAGCAUUCUUUUAGAAGAAAUGCAUGCCUACGAAGAGGCUUUGGAAUAUAUUUCGAAUCUUCCUCUUAAUUGUGCGGAGAAAAGUUUAAGAAAAUAUGGUAGUAUCCUUAUGGAGCAUAGUCCAGAUCACACGACAGAGCUGCUAAAGAAGCUGUGCACAAAUUAUAGGCCAAAAGGGAGUCCAACAAUGAUGAUAAUGGAGUCAGUACCCUAUGAUAAAUUAGAACGUGCUAAUGCGGAGGAUUUUAUACAGCUUUUCGUUAAACAUUCCGACAAGUUAAUAGAGUUCCUUGAACAUUUGGUAGCAAAUGUGACGACCUGUAGUGGAGCAAUUUAUAAUACACUCAUUGAAUUAUAUUUGAAACAAUGGCAAGAAGACAAAAGUGUGGAGGACAGAUUGCUAGAUAUUCUGAAAACAUAUGAUGACGUCUACGAUAGGGACCAUAUUUUAGUUUUAUGCAGGAUGGUAAAUUUCUUGCCUGGGAUCUUAUGGCUCUACGAGGAACAGAAAUUAUACCAUCUGGUGGUUCGUUAUCACUUAAAGAAUCGAGAUUAUAAUGGACUGAUAAGCACAUGCAAACGUCUGGGAUCAAAUCAGCCAUCAUUGUGGCUGCAAGCUCUUACAGGAUUACGGGAUGAUGAUAAGGCUCCACCAACGUUACUUUUACAAGUUCUAAAUGUGAUUGCUUCUGAAAAGCUUCAAUCGCCUCUUCAAGUAUUAAAUUGUUUGGCAGUGGAGAAUGGACCCAAUCUUCUACACGUGCGAGAUUAUUUCUUACAGGUUUUUAAGAAAGAGGAGGAGAAAACGAGACAGGACGAGAAGGAUGUAGAGGCACUUAAGGCGGAUUUAAAUACAUUGAAGAACCAUAUUGAUAACAUGCGUUACAACCCAAUUGAAUUUCGGAGCACCAUUUGCAAUGCUUGUCAGCAACCUCUAUCUAUGCCAGCGGUUUAUUUCAUUUGCCAGCACUCAUUCCAUCAAGACUGCAUUCGAACCUAUUCGGAGAGUGAAAAAGAUUGCAGUGUGUGUCAUGCACGGAAUUCACAAUUGUCCGAAGCCCUUUGUGCUCAGAAUGAAGCUCGCAAUCAGCAUGAUACUUUCCACAAUAUUUUAGACCGAUCACAUGAUCCUUUCUCGGUAGUAGCAGAGUAUUUUGGUCGAGAGCUCUUUAAUAAUAUUCUAAUUGUGGAUGAGCCAGAUAAUAAUGAGAUAAACCAGAACACGAUUCAGCCGGUAAAGCCUACAAUACCCACCAAGGAAUAUGGUGCUGGUGCAGAAGCGAAAUUGCGCCUACAAGAAGGAAAUAAAUCUGGAAAACCAAACAUAAUAAACAUUCCCGGAGAGGGACGUUUACGCUUAGAGGAGUCACAAAAAUACUCAUCGUCGUUUAUUGAGCCAUCUCAAAUUACCAUUCCCAUUGAAAUGAAUAGAAAAUUAAAUGAAAGUCCACGAAUCACUCCACGGGCUAGUCCAAAGUUGCAAGAACCAAUACGCGAUAAACAACUAAAGCAAUAUACAGUUCAACGAAAUGAUCCUGCUAAAGUCAAUAUUACUAAUCCGUUCGAAUAUGAUGAUACGAAAAAUCCUUUUGCCGAAGAAGACAGUGAGGAUGAUGCCUUGAAGGGUGCUGCAAGAGGACCAGUCAAGGAAUAUGAUAGUAAUCUUAAUCCCUUUGAAUAGGUACCCAUAUGUGAUUAGACAAUAAAUAAUACGUAUUAAUUAUAUAUCGCUUGAAUAAAAGGAAAUAUAAUAAAA